AGGAUGUGUUCCAGCCUUCUUACCGAUAAAAAAUAGCAGGAAACGAGACUUGCAUCUGUCAAAUGGGGCUCCCUCUCCAUUUCUCUCUACACACCUUUCCUUUGGGGAGAGAAGAAGUGGAGAAUAGCAUGAAAAGUGCAAAAAAUGUUUCAAAUUCCUGUUCAAAAUCUUGAUAAUAUCAGGAAGGCUCGAAAAAGGGUGAAGGGCAUUCUGGUGGAUCUCGGCCUUGACAGCUGCAGGGAACUGUUGAAGAAUCUUAAAAGUUUUGACCCAGGUGAAAAACACUUUUGUAACACUUCAUGGAGUGAUGUCUCUCCUUGGGAGUCUGUGGGCAAAAGGAAGAGAUACAGAACGAAGCCGUACUGCUGUAGCUUAUGCAAGUUCUCCUCUAAGUUGCUCACUUCCUUCAAGAAUCACUUGCACCGUCACCAUGAGGAUGAAAUGGACCAAGAGUUGGUGGUUCCUUGCCCAAAAUGUGCAUUUGCUUCUGUUCCCAAAAUAGUGGGAAAGCACAUUCGGAUGUUUCAUUCAUCUAAUAAAAGAAUACAGAACUAUACAGUCAGCAUUUUGGAUGGCAUGAAACAGUUUAGGAGUGACAUCAUAAACUUUACGUGUCUAAAAUGUCACUUUACAGACACGCUGUAUUACAACAUGAAGAAACAUGUGCUGAUGAACCAUUUUCAAAACUUAAUAAGUACGUAUUUUGGCCAGAGACCUGAUGAAAGUAGUGAAAAUUCUGUCGAGCACUACUGUAAAAAAUGUAAUGCUUCUGCAGUCAGCCAAGAUUCGUUAAUGUUUCACGUCUUGACGGCCGAAACACACCGAGAUCUGGAGAACAAACUUCGGUCUGUGAUUUCAGAACACAUUAAGAAACCAGGACUCGUGAAACAAAUGCAUAUCGCUCCGAAGCCUCCCCAGGGGGUGGCGAUGGCCGCUUUUGGGGGCCCUGCCCCUGUCCCGGCCGCUUCCGCCGCGGCUCCGGCUUGUAUCCAGCUCGCCUUUCCACAGAACAAUCAGAACCAGAGCGUGGCGCAGCCAAACGCGGUUCCCAACGCGGUCAGCUCGCUGACUGUCCCAAGUGCCUCUGGUAGCCUCCCACCUACAACUUCGGCUCCGGCCGUUACUCUCGUCUCUAGUAAUCUCCCUGUAGGUCAGAAUAACAUCAGUAUUCAGCCGCCGCCUCCCCAGCCCGUCAUCGUUUCCCAUGGGCUCCCCCUUAAUCAGACGGUGAGGACUGGAGCUCUCCCUCUCCAUCACGCCGUUGGGACGGUGGCGCCCGCGGUUCUUCCUCUCAAUCAGCCCGUCACGCCGGGGCUCUUCCCUAUCAGUCAACCCAUCGGUACAAUAAAUGGUCCCGUUGCGGCCGGGGCGCUGCCUGUGGCUCAACCCGUCAGCCCCGUGAAUCAACCCGUGGCCCCGGGAGUUCUCUCGGUCAACCAGUAACCCCUCGGCCCCCAGGUCCUGCCCGUGGCGCAGACGGUUGCGUCGGGUGUCCUCCAGCUUAACCAGCCCGUCGCCCCCGGCGUCGUUCCUGUCCGACAGCCCGUCAGACCCAGCUUCCUUCAGCUCAAUCAACCCGUUGCCCCGGCAGUUAUCCCUGUAAAUCAGACGGUUCAACCGGCGGUUUCUCAAAACGCAGCUUUUUUGACCGCUGGGUCCAUACUCAGGCAGUUGAUCCCCACCGGGAAGCAGGUGAACGGGAUCCCUACCUACACGCUGGCCCCGGUUUCAGUGACUUUGCCCGUACCUCCGGGUGGCGGAGUCGCCACCGUGACGCCGCCGCAGGUGCCCAUCCAGCUGAUGCAGUCGGGGACGGUGGCUCAGUUGUCCCAGUCGCCCGCCGGCGCGCCUUCUCCUCCCGUGGUGUUAACGUCGCAGAACAUCGCGUUGCAGUCUUCCCUGCCCGCUCCUGAAACGAGCCAGGCUGUCAGGCAGGCGAAGCAGUGGAAGACCUGCCCUGUUUGCAACGAGCUUUUCCCGUCGAACGUCUACCAGGUGCACAUGGAGGUGGCCCACAAACACGGGGAGGUGAAAACAGAGGAGACGCCGGCGCCCGACAAACUCGCCGCCUGCGCGCCCUUCCUGAGGUGGAUGACGGAGAAGACGGUGCGGUGCUUCUCGUGCAAAUGUUUUCUCUGUGAGGAGGAGCUGAUGAAACACCUCCUGAUGCACGGCUUGGCUUGCUUGUUUUGCACAGUUACUUUCCACGACUUGAAAAGCCUCGUGGAGCACAACAAAACCACACACAACGGGAAGAAGCAGUUACACGCCGAUUACAGCAACCGAGGGUUUCAGCUGGGGAACGAUGCUCAGGGCGACCUCGUGUUUCCACACUUUGAUUUCAGCACAGCGUUGCCUAGAGAAGACAUUGGUGAAAGAGAAGUACACCUGGCCGUGCUGGCCGGGCUGAAUUCGAGGACGCUCGUCCCCGUUUACAUCAAGGUGAAACCUCAGGUGGUGGAGGUGGCAAACAACCGGUGCAGCAAGAAGGUGUUGACCUGCCCUUUCUGCUUCGGUACGUUCGUUAGUAAAGAGACCUACGAGACUCAUUUGAAAGAGCGGCAUCACAUCAUGCCGACCGUGCACACGAUUUUAAAAUCUCCUGCUUUUAAGUGCAUCCACUGCUGCGGCGUCUACACGGGGAACAUGACUCUCACGGCCAUCGCCGUGCACCUGCUCCGCUGCAGAAGCGCUCCCAAAGACACCAACUCGAGCAUGAAGAUGCAGCUCGAGCGCACCGAGAGGAAGGAGCUCCUUUUCCUCAACGGGGACAAGCACGACCCCGUCAUACCCAAAAGGAAGCAGUCGGAUUCCUGCUUCGGCACGGAAGACCAAAGGAAUAGGGAGCAGCAGCCUCUGAGCUUCGGGAUGGGCUUAGCUCUGUCUCCAGAAACAGAAAUGGGUCCCGGGCUGGUGCCUUUCAAGCGGCAGAAGAUGAAGUUUCCUUCCAGCGAGGAGCUGCGCCUUCUCGCUGUGGAUCCCAAGCGGUACGAUCCCAACUCGUACGAGGCCCAGACCCGGUUUUUGACAGACUACUUUCACGAGAGGCCCUACCCGUCUAAAAAAGAGAUGGAGCUGCUCUCCUCGCUGCUCUGCGCCUGGAAGAUCGACGUGGCGGCGUUCUUUGGGAAAAGGAGGAACCUGUGCUUGCGGGCCAUGGAUGCUCACAAGCCGUCUGUGCUGCUGGGCUUCAGUAUGUCCGAACUGAAAAACAUUAAGCACAGUUUGAAUAUAAGAGAUGACCCGUUAGAUGUGUAA